CAACAAGCCCAGUGUGUGACCUAGAACUCCGAUCAUACCUGUGCACCAAUUGAGGAGAGCCACAUGGGUGGGAAAUUGCAAUAAAAAGACAGCCCACAGCAGGCUGCAUUCCCAUGGUUGGCCCUAGGAGGAGGAACGCUUUGUUCUCACUGGAGCUGCAUGGGAAGUCUGCAUACAGCAGAGUGACCUGCAUGCCUCACCUUAUGGAAAGGAUGGUGGGCUCUGGCCUCCUGUGGCUGGCCUUGGUCUCCUGCAUUCUGACCCAGUCAUCUGCGGUGCAGCAAGGUUAUAGAAACUCCGCUGCAGCCAGUUCCUAUGGGCUGGACUUGGACUGCGGAGCUGACAGCUGUUUUGACCCCUGUCAGAACUACACCCUCCUGGAUGAACCCUUCCGAAGCAUAGAGAACACAGAAAGGGCCCAGGAGUGUGAUAACAACAUGAGCGGCUGGUACCGCUUUGUAGGGGAAGGAGGAUUGAGGAUGCCGGAGACCUGUGUCCCUGUGUACCGAUGCCAGACAGCUGCUCCCAUGUGGCUGAACGGUGUUCACCCUGCCUUUGGGGAUGGCAUUGUCAACCGCACUGCCUGUGCCCACUGGAGUGGCAACUGCUGUCUCUGGAAGACGGAGGUGCUGGUGAAGGCCUGCCCUGGUGGGUACCAUGUGUACCGGUUGGAAGGCACUCCCCAGUGUAAUCUGAGAUACUGUACAGACCCCUCCACUGUGGAGGACAAGUGUGAUAAGGCCUGCCGCCCUGAGGAGGAGUGCCUCGCCUUCAACAGCACCUGGAGCUGUUUCUGCAGACAGAACCUCAACAGCUCUGAAGUCCACAGUUUGCAGCCUCAGCUGGACUGCGGAGCCAGGGAGAUGAAGGUGAAGCUGGACAAAUGUUUGCUGGAAGGUGUGGGUUUGGGGGAGGAAGUCAUUGCCUACCUGAGAGACCCAAACUGCAGCAGCAUCAUACAGGCAGAGGAGAGAAACUGGAUAUCUUUGACCAGCCCUGUUCAGGCUGGUGCCUGCAGGAACAUUCUGGAGAGAAAUCAAACCCAUGUCAUCUACAAAAACACCCUCUCCUUGGUCAAUGAUUUCAUCAUCAGAGACACCAUCCUCAACAUCAACUUCCAAUGUGUCUACCCACUGGACAUGAAAGUCAGCCUCCAAGCUGCUUUGCAGCCCCUUGUAAGUUCCUUGAACCUCAGUGUGGGCGGAGAUGGAGAGUUCACUGUCAGGAUGGCCCUCUUCCAAGACCAAAACUACACGAAUCCUUAUGAAGGGGUUGCAGCUGAGCUGUCUGUUGAGUCCAUGCUCUAUGUGGGUGCCAUCUUGGAGCAAGGGGACACCUCCCGGUUUAACCUGGUGUUGAGGAACUGCUAUGCCACCCCCACUGAAGACAGAGCUGACCCUGUGAAGUAUUUCAUCAUUAGAAACAGCUGCCCAAAUCAACGUGAUUCCACCAUCCACGUGGAGGAGAAUGGGAGGUCCUCCGAAAGCCGGUUCUCAGUUCAGAUGUUCAUGUUUGCUGGACAUUAUGACCUAGUUUUCCUGCAUUGUGAGAUUCAUCUCUGUGAUUCUCUUCAUGAACAAUGCCAGCCUUCUUGCUCAAGAAGUCAAGUCCGCAGUGACGUACUGGCCAUAGACUUAGCCCGGGUUCUAGAUUUGGGACCCAUCACUCGGAGAGGUGCACAGUCUCCCGGUGUCAUGAAUGGAACCCCCAGCACUGCAGGAUUCCUGGUAGCAUGGCCCAUGGUCCUCCUGACUGUUCUCCUGGCUUGGCUGCUCUGAGAGCUCCCCUGAGCACCUGGCCUUGAAGUCUGUGUUCUUCCCUCUGGCAAUGGCUCCCUUCAGCACUUCUGGUUCCCAUUCCAAUUCACACAGUCUUGGUAUUAACAGACUCAAGGCUAGGCUAGGUUUAGGGAAAGGGAAGAGUUUUCACCUUCUUUAAAGCUCUUUAAAAAUGCCUUUGUGUUUCUCUUUUUCUCAUAGUGGGGUUCCUGUCAUUCUGUCCUGGGCUGCCCUUCUCAUUUGUUAAUGAGACCUUGAAAGCAAGCUUGCUAGGUGCCCUCUGUGGCUCCAGCCUUUACUGGAAGUGUGGCACAUGUUUUUAGCUCCAGGGAAGAGGUAUCCUGUCACUGGGGUAUGGGACAAGCAUGCAGAAGAGGCACCAGCCAUGACUCCUUUCUAAACAUCUACUGUUCUGACUGCUCAUGAAUUGAAGACUGACCCUUGCUUUCACUCUGCUUCCUCUGAUGAGUUUCUAUCAUGGUUUCCCAAAAAUCGCCAUAGGAACAUCUCUAAGGGCCACUUUAGGAGGCUCUGCUCCAGGAAAAACUAGUCCCCAUCCCUCCCCUACCCCCCGCCAAGCUGGAGACAUGCUGUGACUUAGAGAACCAUGCAAACAUCCUUGGGACCUGGAUGCUGGAGGAAUGAACUUGACUUUGAUGCAGAAACUCCAUCACCCAAGGGAACACCUCUUGCUGUAAACAGUGCUGUGCUUGCUCGGAAGGAUUAAGCAGGGAGUCCCAACAGAAGUAAUGCACCAGUCCUGCUAUGGAAAUGUAACUGCAAAGCCUCGGAGAUUGGUGAAGUCCCUUUCUGGAGACCUUUAAUGAGUAUUUCAAAGCACUCCACAAAGAUGCAACAAAUAGGGCAUCAUACAUACACAGGCAUUAAUACUCAUGGCAUAUAGAUACCGACAUGUGUACCCUGACUUAUGCCCUUCCCACAGCUACAGAUAAGGCCUCGCAAAGCUGACCUCAGGGGACACAUCAGGAGCCAAGGUGGACCAGCAGGCACCAAGCCUGUGUAUCUGCUUGGAGGAUAUGUUUCAAUGUGCUGCGUUGUUCAGAGAUGUUGUGGUUGCAGGAAACAGGAACCCACUAUAAUUUCUCAGGCCAAAGGGGAGUUAAUUAUAAGGACAUAGGAGCACAAAGUUCAAGUGCAAGAGAUACAUAAAUGCUGCACAAACUCUAGGAGUGAGGCCUGGCAAGCCAAAAGAAACCAAAGUUUGUCUUUCCUUUAGUCCCUCUUCUGGAAGUCACAUGGCUUUUUAUGACUGCAUAUCUUUGCUUCUCCUUUGUUUUCCUUUUCUGUCUCUGAAGCUAGCUUUUCCUGUUCACUUAUCCCUUGAUUAAAUAUGGACAUUCCAGCUUCACAU